AUGUUUGUUCCGGGCACCAUGGCUGGGAGACAAUCUUUCCGGUCGGGCCUCACUCACGCUGCACGUCUACUAUCGCAUCAUAGAACCCAAUCGACCUUGGCCGCUCAGAAGCCCUACUGGGAUCAUAUCCAACCAUGGAAGGGCGUCUCCAACGAGGAAUUCAUAUCUUACAGAUGGCAGCUUCGCAAUACCGUCUCCGAUAAGCACAAGCUUUAUCAGUUCCUCAAUACGGCUUUGCCCGACAAACUACUGCGCUCGCAGCAUGAUCAACUCCGGAAGAUUCGUACGAAGAACGAUUUCAUCGAGGAUGCUAUCGCUGCUAUCAAGCUGGCACCCAUGGCUAUCCGCCUAACACCACACGUACUCUCGCUUAUUGAUUGGCAAAACGCCGUGGAUGAUCCUAUCCGGCGACAAUUUCUCCCACUUAGAAGCGGCAUCAUCCCCGAUCACAAGAACAUGGAGCUGGACUCUUUGCACGAAGAAGCAGACAGUCCCGUCCCUGGAUUAGUCCACCGUUAUCCUGGGAGAGCUUUGUUCCUGGCCACAUCGAUCUGCCCUGUCUACUGUCGCUUCUGUACGCGCUCCUACGCAGUCGGAGGAAACACCGAUACCGUAUCGAAGAAACCACAAAAGCCCAGUCGCAAGCGAUGGGAAGUCAUCUUCGACCAUAUCGCCAACGAUGAGUCGCUCGAAGACAUUGUUGUUUCCGGCGGUGACGCCUACUUUUUGCAGCCCGAUCACAUCAAAGAGAUUGGCGAGAGACUACUCAAUAUUCCGCACAUCAAACGGGUCCGAUUUGCUUCGAAGGGGCUGGCCGUAGCUCCUGGUCGCAUACUUGAUGAUAGUGAUCCAUGGGUCGACAGCUUGAUUGAAGUAUCUAACAAAGGUCGAGACAUGGGCAAGCAAGUCUGCCUUCAUACCCACAUCAACCAUGCCAACGAGAUCACGUGGAUAACGGAGCUGGCCGCGAACAAGCUUUUCAAGCAUGGUGUCAUUGUGCGCAACCAGUCUGUUCUACUGAAGGGCGUCAACGAUGAUUUUGGACCGCUAUCAGACCUCAUCAAGAAGCUCUCAAACAUCAACAUACAACCGUACUACGUCUAUCAAUGCGAUAUGGUACAGGGCAUCGAAGAUCUCCGAACACCUCUCAGCAAAAUCAUCGACCUCGACAAGGAACUCCGAGGAACUCUAUCCGGCUUCAUGAUGCCGUCCUUCGUCAUCGACCUCCCUGGAGGUGGUGGCAAGCGUCUUGUCUCUACAUAUGAGACAUACGAGGACGGCGUCGCGGAGUACAAGGCGCCUGGUCUUCCGGGUCUCAAAGGAACGAGAACAUACACUUACUUCGAUCCGAAACCUGUUGAAUCAGCCGUACUGGAAGAGUUUCGACAAGGUCAGGUCCAGGCUCUGGAGAGAGGCGAGACGCUCGAGCAGUUCUUUGCUAAGUCACCUCCUCGCCCACCGAUCCCUACUGGGCCGAUGCUGCCUACGCCAGAGCAAUCUCCCCGGCCAUAUCCAGGUAUGAUGGUGGAGCGACCUCAGCCAUGGACACAUGAACAAGCGGGGACCGAAUCGGCAUAUGCGUAA